ACCCGGAUGUGCCUGGGUAGUCGCGUUGGCAGUCGGUGCUCUGCGGUUUGGGCAUUCUCCGAGGGUGGCAGCUCGGGCGGAUGGCGCAGGCCUGGGCUGGCUUCUCUGAGGAGGAGCUGAAGCGACUAAAGCAGAGCAAAGACCCCUUUGAACCACAGCGGCGUCCCCCUGUGAAGAAAAGUCGACAACAACUUCAGCGAGAAAAAGCCCUUCAAGAGCAGAGCCAAAAACUCGGACUGCAAGAUGGAUCAGCCACGUUACCUCCAGAGCAGCUGCUUUUGGCACCACAACAGAGAUUUCAGAAUCAAAAGCCACAUGUUUCUCCCCUUACUGCUCCUGGUCCUCCUACGCCCACCUCUCCCAUUGGUGACAGGAGACCACAGGGCCCUGAAAGUCACCCGAGGGAACUGGGACUUGAAAACUCCUGUGACGGUCACAGAAGUGCUGAGGUUCUACCUUCAGAUAGCAGAUCGGAGAAAAAGAAAGUGGAAUUGCAAGAAAAGUCUCGCUGGGAAGUCCUCCAACAAGAACAGCGGCUAAUGGAAGAGAAAAAUAAACGUAAGAAAGCUCUUUUGGCUAAAGCUAUUGCGGAAAGGUCUAAAAGAACUCAGGCAGAGACCCAGAAGCUGAAGCGGGUGCAGAAGGAGUUGCAGGCUUUGGAUGACAUGGUGUCAGCAGACAUCGGAAUUCUCAGGAACCGGAUUGACCAGGCCAGUCUGGACUAUUCCAAUGCUCGGAAGCGGUUUGACAGGGUGGAAGCAGAGUAUGUUACGGCCAAGCUCGACCUGCAGCGCAAGACUGAUAUUAAAGAGCAGCUCACCGAGCACCUGUGUACGAUCAUACAGCAGAAUGAGCUCCGCAAGGCCAAGAAGUUGGAGGAGCUGAUGCAGCAGCUGGAUGUCCAAGCCGAUGAGGAGUCUUUGGAGCUUGACGUGGAGGUAGAGAGAUUGCUGCACGAACAAGAGGCAGAAGCGGGGAGACAGAAGGUCCGUGGGGAGAGUGUGGCUUUAGGGCCUGCUCAGAACAAAAAGCAUCAGGCACCAGCUGCUUCCCCGAAGGUACAUGGACAGUGUGGAAAUUCCAGGAGCGCUCCCCUGCGCACUCCAGACCACCCGAGUCAGGAAGUGAAAACGGCUGUAAAUGACGACGCAGCUGCUCCGAGCACGUGAAGUGCCGGUGUCUGUUGCUGUCAGCUGAUGUAGUGCUCAGUGAACUUUCUGUUGUGGUUCUGCUGUGACCUCUGGUGAAGGCCUCUUUAAAGCAAUGCUAAUUUUUGAAUCUCUGAUUGGCUUUAUGAUAACAUGUUUGGUCAUUGCAAAGACUCCAAUGAUGAUAAUUUUAUACACGGGGGCAUAGUUCACCCUAAUGUUGGGCCAUUUCUCUUAGUGUACCCUUAUUUGGGAUAAAACCAAGUGACUUAAAAGGGUAGAAGAAAAACUACAGGGCCAUGAGUGUUUUUAGAGCAGGUAAAUAAAAGUAAAAUGAAAAAUGGUAAUACCUCAUCAAAAUCAUGUAACUUCUGGGAGAAGGCUGAGACUGAGAAUCCUACUAUGUGUCAUCAGUAAAGAGACAAAAAAUAAACAUGAAAAAGAGAACAAGAAACAAAAAAAACAAGUAGUAUUUGGAUCUUACUAGAUUAUUAUCUCUGGAUCAUACUAGAAUUACAAAUACAACUUCACAAUUACUGGACAACUUAAGCCAACGUUACUGUUGGAUUCGAUUUGCCUUUUAAGUGUCUUUAGUUUACAACCUGAAUUUUGAUUAGUUGACACACACAAACAUAUGUACAUACAAUAUGUCAUGUAUAAUUUUACUGUUAACAAGUUGUCUUUAAUCAGCAUAUUGACUGGUCAUAUUAGACUGAAAGCAUUUCUACAGUGAAGCUGAAAAUAAAACCUUGCCACAUUUUAUUAUGAAAAAACACAUUUUCUUUCCAACGUUUCUUGUAAAUAUGUAUUUUAUGUGUCAUAAAUUAUCCUGUCCUAAAGCAUUUAAAUGGUUAAAAUGAUGGUUUUCUUACUGCUUUAGUUUAUUCAUUAUCAUCACUAAUACUCGACCACUACAUUGUGCUGUAUGUAAGUGUGCAAUUAAGUAUUGUAAUUGUGUCACAAAAUCUGUGAAUAUCACAUUCAGUUCUGAUUCAUUAGAAAUUCCAAACAGUAAAGUCAUGCAUUUGAAGUCUUAAAUAAAAGAGGAUAAAGACAGGUAUCAUAUUGUAUCCACAGAAAUCCUGAGAAAGAUUUUUUAUGAGUUUGAGGAUAUUAUUUUCUAGUAACGUGGAUGAGCUCUGUAUUUUUAUAUGAUGUCACUGACCUAGAGACCUAGCUUUCCAUCACUGACUUCUCCAAACAGAGGCGUUUGUAUAGGUAGUGGUGUUGCUACGUAUGGGCAACGCAUGUAAACACCAAGAGCUUCCUUGUCCAAUGUGGCCCUAUUUUUCUAAGGAAUAAACAAGUCUGAUGCACUCAUAA